AGUCUUCCCGGGCCGGCCCUGUGGACCAGGUUGCAGCUUCGUUAGGGAGACCAGCACUACCGCGCAAGGGUAUGAAAGUUGUUAGGGUCAGAGAUGUGGAGAACAUGGAUGAAGGACCGGCAGGAAGAGGAGUCUUCAAGGGGGGUUGAUCUUGGAUGUUCAGACAGGGAAAUGGGACAGACGGAUGGAAAAAGGCCCAGAGAUAGUCGCAUUGGGAGAAACCACUGUAACAGCAAAUCCUCCAUCUAAGUUGGUGGAGGGAAAUAGGGAGGAGAGUUAAAGCCCUUCAAAGGCAGGAGAUACAAGGACUUGGGGACAGGUGAAUUCCGAUACCGGCCUGGGCAGGAGGGAACCAGGUGCAAACCCUGUAACCUGCAUGGAUCCACGAGAGAAAGAGGGACGAGCUCCGACGCUUUCUCUCCUGCCCACUCUCGGCCACAGUCUCGGACGACUGCAGAGCAAUUAGGGUGGAAGGGUUCCUCUUGGGCACCCAAUCCGCGACGCGAGUGGGGGGCGCGUCCUCCGUCACGCCCUCGCCCAGUCCUGCGCUAGUCGCAGGCUGGUCCCCACGCCCCCUAACAGUCCUUCGGCUUCCGCGCGCCUGGCCCGUGCGGGGCCCUCCCUCUCCACCCGCCUCGGUGCAUUGAUCCCGGUGGCCGGGCUCAGCGCCUCGGGGCGGGUCCCUGUCGCCCGCACCUGCCCCCGGGGGCGGAGCGCAGCAGCGACAUCGCGGCCCCAGCCUCCUCCACACGCCAAGCUAGCGGCGGAGCUGCCGCUCACCGCGGUCGGGGUGAAGCUCUCCGUAUCCGCGCCCUCGGUCCCUUGUCACUUCGGACAAGCGGUCGGUAUCUCCUCGGGGAUCUGCAGCCCCGGCGCCAUGGAGCCGGCCCUGGGCAGCGAGCGCCGCAGUCCCCCUGGCCCCGGAGCUCCGCGACCACCACCGCGGGGCCACGCGCCCUCGACCACCGCCCCCGCCCCCAGCCCGGCCCCGGUAAGCUCCUCAGUGCAGCCGGACGAGGAGCGGCAGCCGCGGAUCAGCGAGAGCGGCCAGUUCAGCGACGGGCUGGAGGAUCGAGGUUUACUAGAAAGCAGCACCCGGCUGAAACCCCACGAAGCCCAGAACUACAGGAAGAAGGCAUUGUGGGUAUCCUGGUUCUCCAUUAUUGUCACCCUGGCCCUGGCAGUGGCUGCCUUCACUGUCUCCGUCAUGAGGUACAGCGCCUCUGCCUUUGGGUUUGCAUUUGACGCCAUCCUGGAUGUACUGUCCUCGGCCAUCGUCCUCUGGCGUUACAGCAACGCAGCCGCCGUGCACUCUGCUCACAGAGAGUAUAUAGCCUGUGUCAUCUUGGGGGUGAUCUUUCUUCUGUCAUCUAUCUGUAUAGUGGUCAAAGCCAUCCAUGACCUUUCAACAAGGCUGCUCCCUGAAGUGGAUGACUUCCUGUUCAGUGUCUCCAUUUUAAGUGGCAUCCUCUGCAGCGUCCUGGCUGUGCUGAAGUUUAUGCUGGGGAAGGUCUUGACAAGCAGAGCUCUCAUCACAGAUGGGUUCAACUCCCUUGUCGGGGGAGUGAUGGGCUUCUCCAUCCUCCUGAGUGCCGAAGUGUUCAAACACAACGCCAAAGUCUGGUAUCUGGAUGGCAGCAUUGGUGUCCUGAUCGGUCUCACCAUCUUUGCCUAUGGGGUCAAGCUCCUCAUCGACAUGGUGCCCCGAGUGAGACAGACGCGUCACUACGAAAUGUUUGAGUGAAGGCGACUGAAGGGGCGGCAGGGACGGCCCUGGGGAAAAGCGUCACCAUGGCGACGAGAGGUUUCCACGAAGGCAGUUGGUGCCAAUAUUUAACUGCACAUCCAGUUUCAUUUGGGGAAGUUUUCGUUCAUAGAGUCUGUCAUCACGGGAUGAGGUCGGCCUGGAGGCUGCGCCUGCCCUACAUCCUCACCCUGUUGCCCACUGUCAAACACGUUAGGACGCUGCUGACCGUGGGAAGGGCUGCCACGCUUCCCGAUCUUGAGCCGGAAGUGACGUGUUCUAUUUCCUGGGGUCAAACAGUUCUUGAAAGCAGGCUUGGGUCUCUGCUUGAAAGAAAGCCACCUGUGGCAUUUACUGUCAGCCAAAACCAGAUAGUAACUGACCGAGUCACCCCCAACCAGAUAGUAGCUGACCGAGUCACCGCCAACCAGAUAGUAACUGACCGAGUCACCUCCCACACGCGGCCAAAGCGCCUCCAGGGUCACACUCCUCUCUCCUUGCAGCAAAUCCCCUCCUAACGUGAAUCAACCCGUUUCAUACACUUUUACUAAUCUUGACACUAAGCAGAUUUGUUCAGAGGGAGGCCAUUCUAUUUUUUAAAGUAUUUAGUGGCAGAUGAAUGAGCUUUGCAUGGACAGGCUACGUAAGCACACAGCCCUUUAAUUCCACAUCCAGAUCCUGCCCAUCCAUGAAAACCCAGGAACCAUUUUUGAGAGAUGUGAAACUCUAUACAUUUAUUUGUAAUAAAUAAUUAUAAUCA